AUGAAUGGAUUAGGCAUUGCUUUGGAUCCUUCGAAUGUCAACCACCAACAAUUUCAGGAUAACUUUAAUAACCAAAACACAACACUGCCUACAUAUGUUGGCAACAACGAUUUCUUAAAUCAAGGUCAACAAUUUACUCAAGGCGGACUUGGAGAGACCAAUUUUGCGCCAAGCCAGGCCCAGGACUUUUCCCAAUUCAAACAAGAAGACCAAUCAUCCUUUGCUCCCCCACAGCGAAGCUUUACCCAGGAGCUCCUGAGUGCCAAUUUCGACGGAGAUUUCUCAUUAUAUCCUAACACAAGUGGACAGAACGAGCAAUUUGAUCAGUCUUUCUUCAUGAAUGAGCUUGCGCCCCAGCCUGCGAACCCAUCUAUCAACCCUGCAGAAUUGAAUAUGUCAUCUCCCGUUCAUACACCAACACCACCAAGUUUAAUGCCGCGUGACUCCCGUUCGCCAUCUUCCUCUCAUCAGUCCCCAUCUUUCAACCAGGGCCCCUUUCAAGCAUCUUCACGUCAUUCACGAAACGCAUCACUUGGCCCCGAGAGUGCUGCUUUCCCAAUUGGGCAUAAUCCUGGUGAUUGGAGUAUGAUGCCACCGCAAUUCACAGGUCAUCGUAGAACACCCUCUGAAUACUCAGAUAUUUCAUCCGCCGCCCAUUCUCCUAAUUUAGGUCACCACGAUAGCUUUGAAGCGAUUGAGCAACAGCACUCACCAAUGCAACAUCCCCAAGACUCUAUUUACCAGGACGUUCUCGCAAUUGGCUCUUUUUCUUUGGCUGACACAAGUCCUCGUCCUGGAAUCAGUCCAGGCCAUAGUCCUGCAAUAUCACCGCGACUUGGGCCUCAACAGAUACCAAAUAUGGAUCAGCAGAGUGCUUUUAUGCUUAAUGCGAACAAUGGCUUUCCUUCGCAAAACAUCUACAAUCAAGUACAAGAAUCGUUUCCGCAGAUGCAACACAACAGUUCUUUGGAUAUGGGACAAGCGCAACAAAUGGUACCACCUGAGAUUAAUGUAGAAUUUGCGCCGGCAUCCAGGCAGAACAGUUUUGAUCCUCCAAAAUCUGCCCUUGACCAAGACGCGUUGACUCCACCCGAUCGAGGUCGUCGUAGGAGAGCUGUCUCGGACCCGUAUAAUAGUCCCCGCGGUCAUAGUCCUUCAGUCACCUCUCCUUUAAUGAGGAAUUCUCUAUCUCCAUCAGGACACGACUCAUCGGCAUCGCGCUCCUUAUCACCGAAUGAUCGAUCUGGAGCAACUUCACCUGGCCGACGUCGACAAUCCACGUCAUCCCUGCCAAAUCGAGAUUAUAUUCUUGGUUUGGCAGAUCCUGAUUAUCAGGCAGCAUCGUCCGAUAACGGGAGUGCGAAGCGGGUUCAAAAACAUCCAGCAACUUUUCAAUGUAAUCUUUGUCCAAAACGCUUUACCCGUGCCUACAAUCUUCGUUCUCAUUUGCGUACACAUACUGAUGAGCGACCUUUCGUCUGCACGGUUUGCGGCAAAGCCUUUGCACGCCAACAUGACCGGAAACGUCACGAGGGUCUUCAUUCUGGAGAGAAGAAGUUCGUAUGCAAAGGCGAGUUGAAGCAAGCCGGUUCAUGGGGUUGCGGCCGUCGCUUUGCUCGAGCUGAUGCAUUAGGUCGGCAUUUUAGGUCUGAAGCUGGCCGAAUCUGUAUCAAACCUCUUCUGGACGAAGAAGCCCUGGAACGACAGCGAUUAUGGCAAGAGCAAAGAAUGCAAAAUAUGCAUAUGCAACAGCAGCCUAUGGGUCAAGAUCACAAUGGUUUCCCUGUGGAUACUAGUGGAACUUACGGCUUACCCGCUGCACUUCUUGCACAAUAUCCUGCCCUAGCGAAUUUGAGCUGGUCAGAGAUGCCUCAAGGUGAUAAUAACAUUGAUGAUGAUCAUAGUGGCAGGAGCAGUUUCGAUGCUAGCGGUUCCGAGUAUUACGAUGAGAAUGAUGACGGGGGAUACCUCUCUAGUGGUCCCAAUCCACAACAUGGUUACCCUCAACCUCAGAUGGCGGAAGCAUACAAUACUGGUUAUACGGGUGACAUGAGCGGUCGAUAG